GGCAAAACCUAAAAUUUCCAAGCGGACUCGAAGGGAAAAAAAAAUCCUGGAAAAACAGUAACAUGCUCCAUCAAUGGUGAUCUAUAGAUCGCUAAGAACCCUAACCACUAAAAAUCAUAAUAAAAACAGGACUUUCUUAACUGCAGCAGCAACCUCUAUAAUCCCAUUUCCCUAUACUACUGCUACUUUACCGCUCCAGCCCUUGCAUUACUCUCCUUCUCCGCAUUCCCCUCCCCUCUUUUUCUCUCCUCUUUCCAAAUGGAUUGCUCCGUUUCAAAGUCAAGGGCGAGGCCCUCUCUUCCUCUCCUCGCCUCCCUGGAAGCUCUUGCAAUCUGCUACUCCGCUUUACCUCCGUGGAAAUGCCGUCGUUUUGAGGAAAGUUGAGGCGUUGAACUUGAAUUUGCUUAGGACUCGGAUCAGCUCGGGUUUGACCGGUCAAAGAGUGUUGGAUCGGGUCCAAGAGCUGAAGGAGGGUGUUGUCGAUGAUAGGUUUUUUGAGAGUUUUGUGAAUCUGCCUAAUUUCAUCUCUCUAACUCGUUUGGUCUCUGGGCCUCUGAUUGGAUGGAUUAUUACAAAUGAAAUGUAUUCUUCUGCAUUUGUGGGAUUGGUUCUCUCUGGGUCAACUGAUUGGCUAGAUGGUUACAUUGCCAGGAAAAUGAGAAUCAACUCUGUAGUGGGUUCCUACCUUGAUCCUCUUGCUGACAAGGUCCUUAUUGGAUCUGUUGCAUUGGCAAUGGUGCACAUGGAUCUUUUGCACCCUGGACUUGUUGGACUGGUUGUGUUGCGAGAUGUUGCACUUGUUGGUGGUGCGCUAUAUCAUAGAGCUACUAGUUUGGAUUGGAAGUCGAGUAGUUGGCAUGAUUUCUUUAAUCUUGAUGGAACCCACCGAGAGAAGGUUGAACCUCUCUUCAUAAGCAAGGUCAAUACGGUUUUCCAAUUGAUUUUAGUAGCAGCAGCCCUCCUUCAACCAGAGUUUGGAACUGAUGAAACUCAAUCAUGUAUAACAUACCUGAGCUGGUUGGUGGCUGCCACAACAGUGGCAUCUACAGCUGGAUAUGGAGCACAAUACAUGAGGAAUAAAUCAACAUUGCUUGCAAAGAAAUCAUAGCUUUGGUUUUGCAGCUCAAAUAUCUCAAACUGGAGGAAUUAUUUUGAGUCUUGAGUCCAGCAUUUGAAGUUUUUUGAGGAAAAACCAGGUAUCUGGGUUUGUCUGGAGAUGCAGACAAAAAGAAAUGCCAAACUUGGAGCUUAUUUGGUUCUCUUUGUCCUUCCAUAUUUGUAGAUUAGAUGCAGCUUUUGUGGCCAUGAGAUUUCUUGCUUUAUGGGUUUGGGGCAGGCAGGCAGCUUAGUGAACCGCUUGAGGCAGUGUUGAUGAUGUAUCUAUAUUGCUGAUUAAGCUACCUGAACUUGUAAAGAAUGUCUUUUCAUAUAGAGAAUUGUAAUCGAAUAGGAAAAUACGAGGCGUUUUUUGAAUUCAAAUCUAAGGGUAAUAAUUAAGAAGAUUUUUUUAUCUA